UCAAUCAUAAUUCUUUCCAACAUAAAUAAAACCUGUACGAGGAAGUCUUGUGUGUAGAGUUGAGUCAGUAGGCCUAAAGUCUUCCGGUCUAUCAUAACAAACCGGGGUUCAGGACUGGUGAACACGUACCUGAGGUGGUCUCACCAUCGAGGCUCCUUUCAAACUCGUUUGUAUACCGUUUCAGUCUUCGGCAAGGUGUGGUUCUCCAAGUCUUGUUCAGGACAAUGUAAACUACGUCAAUUAGUGUCGGGUUUUCGCGCUUUCCCGCGGUCUUGUAAAAAAAAAAUUCAAAUUUUCAACCUGAAAUUUAAAUCCGACUCAAUAAAAAGAAGUAAAAAUUGUGUCUAAGACACGAGUCGCCUUAUUAAAAAUCUCGGAGACUCCAACGUCUACAUUAACUGUUUUAUCGGCAGUAUAAACAUUUAAAAUUUAAAUUGUUGUAAAAAUAAAUAUUAGCUUACACAUGAGUCUUUAGACUGAUGAUAAUCAACGUGUUUGCGUCAAGAUAAUACACACUGUGGUUAAGUAUUAGUAGUUUAAUAACUUGUGUGUGACUAAUGACUUGAACAGUUGGCUUUAGUGACAGCUCACAAAUAACUUAAACUCUUAAGAAAGUUGUUACUCCGUAAUACGUAUUAUUUUUAUUCAAAUUAUUGUCUGCAAGCCAGUAAACGUCGAGAUGAAUUACCUAAUAUUAAAGCUAAUCUUAUUGUGUAUGGCCACAAAAAUCCUCGGAUUACCUGAUGGUGCGCCGUUAAAAGCAUGCUUUGACUUAAUUCCGCACCACAGUACGACAAGUAGUCUGGCGUCAUAUCCGCCUUACGAAAUACGAGCCAUUGCAGGACAACACAGGAUCCACAUGACCCUUGGAAGUCCCCAGGGCUUUGCAUUUCAAGGAUUCAUUAUUAACGCCCGAGAUGUUGAGACCGGUGAAUUAGUCGGUGAAUUUAUAGAUUUGCCGAGUACUGUCCAAGCGCUCCAAUGCACUCCCGGCAUAAACAACACGGUGACCCAUAAAGACAAAGUAGAAAAGCGUAAUUUGGAGCUCGAUUGGAUAACGCCUGAGGAUUACGAAGGAACAGUUAUUUUCAAUUCCACUUUUCUCCAAGAUUACGCAACAUACUGGGUCGGCGUGGAAUCACCGCGAAUAACAGUUUUAAGAGAUUCUAUCCAAGUGAUGACGACAAUACCACCACCAACAACCGAAAGAACAACUACGACACCGUAUUAUGAGCUUGAUACCCAGCAAUCGACUGAGUCAACAAAACGACAUCCAAUAUACGAGGGCUGUGGUUCGACAAAAAAUUGCUUUGGUAGUUCCGACAGAUGUAUCGAAGAAGGACUAUGCAAUGCUGUUGUUACGGUUGAAGUCAAAGGAGAAAAAUAUAUUUUUGAAUUAUUGGGCAUGUCUUCAAAAUACGUUGCCGUUGGUUUAUCUGAUGAUCCUAAAAUGGGAGAAGACAGCGUAGUAGAGUGUACUGAUGAAAACGGACGUGUGGAAAUACACAUGUCCUGGAACAAUGGGAAGACUAAUUCAAGAAUAGCUACACCAUCAGGAACAUUAUCUAUCCUAAAUAGAUCAAUCGUAAAUGGCGCGCUUUACUGCAAGUUCACCAGAGAUAGAACAACUUUAGUACAGGGACGUGAGUUUGAUUUGGCGAACAGAGCUUACUGUCUGCUUCUCGCAUCAGGAACUUCACUUAAAUCAAAUGGUGUAGGAUUUCAUGAUCUCGCGUACCGUGGCUCAGAUAAACCAAUAAAAUUAGCUGAUAUACGUGAAAUUGUUGCAUCGAGUGAUUUACUUAUACGAAUUCACGGCGCUCUGAUGAUUGCGUCCUGGAUUGGUACUGCGUCCAUCGGGAUUCUUAUGGCGCGUUAUUACAAACAGACAUGGCUGAGGUCACCAAUUUGUGGCAAAGAUCAAUGGUUUGCUUGGCAUAGAUUCUUCAUGAUAUUGACCUGGUCAAUGACGAUAGCAGCCUUCGUGAUAAUAUUCGUCGAACUCGGUACUUGGAGCACAGAAACGCUCCAUGCAUCUCUGGGGCUCGCUACAACGGUAUUAGCAUUCGUCCAACCAUUUAUGGCUGCUUUGAGGCCGCACCCCGGUACACCUAGACGACCGCUUUUUAAUUGGGCCCAUUGGUUUAUUGGAAAUGCUGCUCAUAUUUGUGCGGUAAUUGCGCUGUUCUUUGCGGUGAGGUUGAACAAAGCCAAACUUCCAGACUGGGUGGACUGGGUUCUUACGGCCUACGUUGUUUUCCACGUCCUCACGCACAUUAUACUCUCGUUUGCCGGUUGUGCUGCGGAUAGACAAGAUAAUCAGAGUAUCAAUGCUUUUCCAAUGAAGGACAUGCAUGUCAGAGGGUCUAUAGGUCAUACUGAUUUAAAAAGAGAUGCACCUCUGGGUGGAUUAAGAAAAUUAGUAUUCGGUGUUUACUUUGUAAUAAUUGCCGUAUUUGCCGCAGCAUUGAUAGUAAUCACCGUAAUGGCGCCUAUCGGAGAAUCAUGGGACAAAUUUACUCGAACAAUAUCUACAUAUUAAGCUCCAAGAUCCCUAUAAACACCGACUCCACUUAAUAAUUAAUUUGUUAAGUAGAGUAAAAAAGAAAGUAAUUAAAAUAAAAUAUUAUAAAUAAGUAAAGCAUUUAUGACAGCAACAAUACGACAAGCCAUUUGGGAUAAUUCUGAAAGCUGUAAAUUAGGGAGGUCUGGUGGCUUUCGGAUAACAGGAGCUACCCUAUCGAGUUGCAUUCGCAACUAGCGUGAAACAUGUGAUUAUCGGAGCUUUGGAUGGCGAACGCCCAAGAACUUGGUUUCCUUCCGUCCUUCCUGCAGUAGGCUCCGUCCUCUCACUCAGUCUCAGUGUCUACCACAUAGUCCUCCCAUUCUCCGAUCCCGCAACUAGUACCAGCACUCUAUACGAUGCAUACUGCUAAUCGAAAUUACCCUUCUAGUCGCUUGACUACGCGAGUACAACCCAUCCAUUGUGCCUACAAUCUAUACAUAUACCUUCGACAAAUAUAUUUAUUGGUCGUACCGAAAAUCAACAAAGAAUACACUGAGAAAAAAUAACCUUUUUAAAUAUUGGAUUUUCUGUUAACAAAAAAUUGUGAUAUUGGAAAUUUCUAAUCUGAUAUAUUUUUAGGAGAAAAAAUUUGAGAUUUUAUUUAAAAUCAUUUUCUUAAUUAAAGUAAUCUGAUAUUUUUUCAGCUCUAUCGAUUUUCUUCAUUUAAAGCCGCAUUAACUACGAUUCGGAGUUGUGAGUAUAAAUGUGGCAGACAAGACAAAUUUUAAAUUAUUAAUAGAGUAAAAAAUUAAUAAAAUAAAAUUUUGAAAAAAUGGGCAUUUAGAAAAUUUAAAAAUUUAUAAGUGCAUUUUUUAUAAAUAUUUUUUUUUUUAAUUAUUUACUCUAUUUAUUUAUAAUUGUAAAUUUGCCUGAUGUCUGUUAUCGGAGUGAAUUUUACUCUGAGGAAAUUAAAUAAAUAGACUCCGAACUUAAUUCAUGAUCACUCCGAAAAUUUUUGACAGUAUGUCAAAAAAAUUAUUCUCCAUCUAUAAAGUUAAAAAAAAAAUAAUUUUCAUUGACUUACAUAAGAAAAUAUCGUUUUUUCCAAAAGUUAUUUUUUUUCAGUGUAAUGUGAAAAUAAUUAUCUUGUUAUCUUCGUUCUCUUGUGUACUAUUUUAUUUAUUACGUGUGCUAUAUUUAUAUGGAUACACCAUAUAUAUUCGAAUAUAUAUUAUCGUGUUAUCUGCUACUAAAAUGUUGACUUGCAGAAAUACACGAUAUUGUUAUAAAAUAAAAAAAUAUUAUUAAUUAUUUAACAAUAUUGUUAAUUAGAUUUAGGAAUUGUUUAAAUUUUUUCCAGUAUUAGAAAUACUUAAUUAGUUUUUUUUUAUUUUGCUACGAUAAAUCCGAGUGACUCGAUAAUAAUUAAUGAAAUUUUUUUUAUAAAAAUAAAUAAUUAUUACUAUUGUUAUUAAAUAAUCGCGUUCACUUGGUUAGAUUUAAUUGGCGUAAAAAAAUAAUUUAAUUCAACGAGUAAACAGAUGCAUUUUAGUAAAACAAAAUUAAUUAUAAGAAAUUACAGAGAUAAAAAACUUUUUUUUUUUAA